AUGAAUUUUACAGCAGUGAACCAAACUGAUGACUGUCUGGAAUUUUCCUGUCCAGAGAGAUCUGUUUCUUUUCCUGUCUAUGUGUUCAUUUAUGUGGCUGCAGCAGCUGUGGUUCUUCUGACCGUGUGUGGAAACCUGCUGGUCAUCAUCUCUGUUAGUCACUUCAAGCAGCUCCACACACCUGCUAAUAUCCUCAUCCUCUCUUUGGCUGUGUCUGAUUCCCUAGUUGGAAUUUCUGUGAUGCCAUUUCAUUUGAUUUGGCUGAUUGAGUCAUGUUGGAUCUCUGGACCAAUUUUUUGCUCUAUAUUCCAUUUUGUAACUUUUCAGGUGACUUGUGUUUCUGUUCACACUGUGGGUCUAAUAGCAGUUGAUCGUUUUUUUGCAUUAAGUUAUCCAUUUGUAUACUCUGAGAAAAUCUCUCCCACUGUGAUCUACAUAGCAACUUUGUUUAACUGGAUGUUUUCACUCAUUUAUAACUUCACUAUUCUUUUUAUUAAUGGAAACUUCACUGAUUUAAUGUGUCCAGGAGAAUGUCGUUAUAUCAUAGAUGAGGUGUCAUCUCUCAUUGAUCUCCUGGUUGUGUUUCUUAUUCCAUGUACGCUUAUUAUUAUAUUAUACACACAUGUGUUUUUCAUUGCUAAGAAACAUGCAAUCGCUAUAAGAGCUCUUCAAGUUCACAACAACACCGAACCCUUUAAAAAUCUAAUGAGUGACUCCAUGAAAUCAGAACGUAAAGCUGCAUUAGUGCUCUGCAUUCUGGUGUCUGCCUUUCUGAUGUGUUUACUGCCGUAUUAUAUUUAUUCUUUGAUAAUUCAGUUCACAAAUGCUGACUUGUUAUAUGCUAAAGAUGUUACUAUAAUGAUAUUUCUUCUGAACUCCUCCAUUAAUCCUAUAAUUUAUGCUUUAUUCUAUCCCUGGUUUCAGAGAUGUCUAAAAUUAAUUGUCACUUUUAAAGUGUUUUACAAAGACUCUUCUCUGAUAAAUGUCCUGUAA